AUGAAGAACAUGAGCUUUAAGCUUCUGAUCUACUCUGCAGUUAUAGCUCUGCUGGCUGCCCAAAGGUUGGGUGUUGAGGCCCAGAGUUGCCAGCCGAGCGGCCACUUAAGGGGCAGGAAGCCUCCUCCGGGCAAAUGUAAGAGAGGAAAUGACUCAGAAUGCUGCAAGGAAGGCAAGAUGUACCCAAUGUACAAAUGCUCUCCGCCAGUUUCAAACCACAACAAGGCCAUGCUAACCAUCAACAGCUUUGAGAAGGGCAAGGAUGGGGGCGGCCCAUCAGAGUGCGACAGACAGUACCACUCUGACAGCAUCCCAAUUGUUGCCCUGUCGACUGGAUGGUUCAACCACAAGACCAGGUGCCAUCACAACAUAACAAUAAACGGGAAUGGGAGGAGCGUGAGGGCCAUGGUGGUGGAUGAAUGUGACUCUGCCAAGGGAUGUGAUGCUGCCCAUGACUAUCAACCCCCAUGCGAUAACAACAUUGUCGAUGCAUCCCAGGCUGUGUGGAAAGCCUUGGGUGUCCCCCGGGAUAGUGGCAAAUGGGGUUGGAUGGAGAUUACUUGGUCCAAUGCUAAGUGA